CACGUGCUCAGUGCCAAUAAGAACAAGCUUGCCAACAAGCCACUCCUUCAGAGAAAACGAAAGUUAGGCUGCUCCAUCAGUCUGAGCGGCAGAAAAUGGCUUCGAGUGAGGAACUGUUCGACUGCUCCAUCUGUUUACAGUUACUGGAGGGUCCUGUGACGACGGCCUGUGGACACAGUUACUGUAUAAAAUGCAUCAAUUCCUUCUGGGAUGUAAAUAAUAACAGUGGAAGGAGUUACAGCUGCCCUCAGUGCAGGCAGACGUUCUCCCAGAGGCCUGUUCUGAAGAGGAACACACUUCUGGCUGCCCUGCUGGAGGAAAACAAGAGUCCCAGUCCAAACGCUGCGGACGCCUAUGCUUCACCUGGUGAUGUGGAAUGUGACGCUUGCACAGGGAGAAAAAGAAAAGCUUCCAUGUUCUGCCUCGUGUGUUUGGCCUCUUACUGUGAGACUCAUCUGAAGCCUCACCUCGAGGUGACUCCGUGGAAAAAACACCAUCUGAUUCAAGCUUCUGCGAGGAUCUAAGAAAGCAUCUGUGGCCGUCAUGAGAAACUUCUGGAGAUUUACUGCCGCACUGAUCAGCUGUUCAUAUGCCUGAUGUGUGCGAUGGAUGAGCACAAAGGCCAUGACACGGUGACAGUAGCAGCAGAAAAAUGUUUAAUGCAGAGACGACUGGAGGGGACCAAACAGGAAAUUGCAAACAGAGUGCUGGAUUCAGAGAGGAAAAUGGCAGAGCUGAGGGAGGCUGCAGACUCUAUAAGAGAUGUCCGCAUGGAAGGCAUGUGACGACAUUGAGCGACUGUGCGCGGAAAGCAUCCGGUUAUUCGUCCGCUCUGUGGAGAGGAAGCGCUCUGAGAUGAGCGAGAAAGUUGGAGAAGCAGAGAAAUCUGGAGUGGGCUGGACCAACAGUCGCCUCGGGCAAGUGCAGCGUGAAGUGUUGGAGCUGAGGAGGAGAGAGGAUGAACUCGACCAGCUUUCACUAACCGAGGACCCCAUUCAGUUUCUGCAGGGUUGCCGGGCCCUGGGUGACCUCCCUGUGUUCACAGACUCGCAUGCAAGACCUGACAUGCUGACGGAGUUUGUCACUGCACAGACCGAUAAACUGAAAAACAUGUGCAACAAAGAAAAGAGAGAAUUAUUCAGUCAUUCUGAAGAAGAUCUGUUGUCAAAAAAGCCAACGCUGUGUGAGGAAACAACAUCAAGGACAUACCUUUUGACCAAAUAUAAGAACUCCACAGUGGAGGUGGACCCCAACACCGUAGCUGCAUGUCUUUGCUUGUCUGACAGAAACCGAGAGAUAUCAUGGGGUGACAGGGACCAGGCUCAUCCUGAUCACCACGACAGAUUUACCUUCUAUCACCAGGCUCUGUGCAAACAGGGCCUUCAGUGCAGCCACUACUGGGAGGUGGAGUGGGACGGUGGCAUUGUCGAUUUGGCCGUGUUGUACAAAGGCAUUGAAAGAAAGGGUUCAGGGAAAAAUUGCUGUUUUGGGCACAAUGAUUUCUCCUGGAAAUUAACCUGCUCUUCGUCCGGCUGCACAUUUUGGCACAAUAAUCUUCACAAAGGCCGGAUUCCUCCGGUUCUCUCCCGCAGAGUGGGCAUAUACCUUGAUUCCGAUGCAGGAACACUGGGAUUCUACAGUGUUUCUGACUCUGACAGUUUGACACAGCUGCACCAAAUCCAGACCACCUUUAUUGAACCUCUCUAUCCUGACACUAACACUAAAAAUAUGCAACAUAUAGGCCAGUCUACAUUUAAUACAGGCUAGACGCAGGACUUCCUGUCAUUGAUGAAUCGGGGAUAGAAGAAAAUAAGAAUAUAAAUAAUAAAUAAAUAUAUAUAUAUAUAAUCUAGUGCU